AUGAGUGGUGGUCUUACAUCUCCCAAUAUUCGUAAGCUUGGAAUUUCACAAGGUACAAUAGAUCAAUUUAUAACUUCAAGUAUGCCAGAACCAAAUGCCUUGAAGAAAGAGGAAAUGAAGCAAGUAUAUUCUGCCAUAGGUCAGUUCUUUUUUGCGAAUGAUUUAUCAUUUAACUUAUGUAACAAUCCAUAUUUUGAGAGAAUGAUUGAAGCUAUGGGAAAUUAUGGUCGAGGGUUGAAACCACCAACCUACAACGAUAUGCAGGCUUCGAUCCUAAAAGAAGAAGUUGAUAAAGUGCAAAUAAAAUUAGAGGAUAACAAGAAGACAUGGUUGAAGACUAGUUGUACCAUAAUGGCAGAUGGUUGGAUUGGUGGUAAAAGUGGAAAUUUGAUUAACUUUCUUAUAGUUAAAGAAGUUGGAGAGAAAAAUGUAGUGCAGGUAGUUACUAAUAAUGCUGCUAACUACAAAGCUGCAAGUAUGAAGUUAAAAGAAAUUGAUGGCUUCAAUCAUAUUUUUUGGACACCUUGUGCAGCUGAUUGCCUAGAUUUAAUUCUUGAAGACAUUGCUAAGAUACAUUUGCAUAAGGAAGUGAUCGAAAAAGCAAAAGUUAGUAUUCGUAUAAACAAAAUAGCAUUGAAGAACAUGUUUUUGUCUCCAGAAUUUCAAGGCAGUGAUUAUUAUACUAAAAAUCCUAAAGGCAAGGAGGUGUUGAGAGUUGUUGAUUCAGAUGAAAAGCCAGUUAUGGGAUUUUUGUACAAUCAUAUGAGAAGGACAAAAGAAGAAAUAACAUACAAUGUUGAUAAUAAUCAGAAAAGCCCACAUUUUCAUUAUGAUGAUGAUGUCCUCAAGGAUAGAAGAAUAAAGGAUGAGCUAAUUGAAUGCUUAGACAUUAUGGUGCCUACUGGAGAAGAAAGAUGUGAUAUUUUAGUUCAACUUGAUUCAUAUGAAAAUGAAGUUGCUGAUUGGAAGAAUACAUUUGGCGACAAUACAAAAGAAUUGAAGAAUUUUGCUAUGAGAACUCUCAAUCUUACAUGCAGUGCAUCAGGAUAUGAUUCUUGGUUGCACUCAUUGUUUGAGAUCGAAGACAUUAAUAUCCUCCCUUUCGAAGAUAUAUCAAGGUCUAUGAAAAAGCGUAAAAGUGCUUCCUCUUCUCAAAAGAAAAGUAUUGGCAAAGGUAAAACAAUAAUAGAAGCUUUUGAACAUGAGAGUUUUGAUGAUAAAGCAACUGAAGAAGAAGAUGAACCUAUUCAAUAUACGGACAAUUCAAAUGACGAUGAACUGUCAUUCAUUAAAGAAGAUAACAAUGAUGAAAAUACAAUUGACCUAUUGCCUACAAAAAUCAUUUGA